AUGGAUUCUUUAGAAAAGGGCCAUUCUUCAAACAACUCCACUUCAAACCUAUCAGCUUUUGAAUCUUUCAAACAUUCAUUCAAAAGAAGAACAGUUUCAAUCCCUCCAGAAGUUGAUCAAAUGGAUCCAUACCAUAAAGUCAACUACAUCCUUGCGAACCAACCUUUGAAAAAAUCAUUAAAAAGAAGACAUUUACAAAUGAUUGCCAUUGAUGGGACAUUAGGUACAGGUUUAUUCAUCGGGUUGGGCUAUUCAUUAUCUCAGGGCCCAGGUGCAACAUUGAUUGGGUUUAGUAUAGUUGGGUUUGGUAUUUAUUGUGUGAUGCAGGCCGCUGCGGAAAUGGCUGUUGCGUAUCCUGUCAGUGGUUCAUUUGCAUCUCAUGUUGGUAGAUUUGUUGAUCCUGCUUUAGGUUUCACCAUUGCGAGUAAUUAUGGACUAAGUUGGUUGAUUUCAUUUCCUAGUGAAUUGAUUGGUUGUUCAAUGACUAUUAAAUAUUGGUCAGAUGUUAAUCCUGUUGCUUGGGUUGCGAUUUUUUGGACAUUUAUUGUAACUUUAAAUUUGUUUGGUGUUAAAGGUUAUGGUGAAUCUGAAUUUAUACUAUCAAUUAUUAAAGUUUUGGCUAUUAUUAUUUUCAUUAUUAUUGGUAUUGUUUUAAUUUGUGGUGGUGGACCAAAUUCUACAGGAUAUAUUGGUGCUAAAUAUUGGCAUGAUCCUGGUUCUUUUUCUCAUCCUGCUUUAAAAUCAAUUUGUUCAACUUUAAUCUCUGCAGGUUUUAGUUAUGGUGGUACUGAAUUAACUUUAAUUUCUGCAAUUGAAACUUCAAAAGCUUCAAGUGUUACAAGGGCAACAAAGCAAGUCUUUUGGAGAAUUGCAUUAUUUUAUAUCACCACGAUUGUUGUUAUUGGAUGUCUUGUUCCUAGAACGGAUCCAAGAUUAUUAGGAGGUUCCACAUCACAAGAUAUUACGGCAUCUCCGUUUGUUAUUGCCCUAAGUAAUACAGGUUCAAUGGGUGUUAAAGUUAGUCAUUUUAUGAAUGCAGUUAUUUUAGUUGCAGUGCUUUCAGUGGGUAAUUCAUGUGUUUAUGCAUCUUCAAGAGUUAUUCAAAGUCUUGGAGCUUCUGGUCAAUUACCUUCGAUAUUUGCAUAUAUUGAUAAUGAAGGUAGACCUUUAGUUGGUAUUAUUGUUAGUGCAUUGAUUGGGUUAUUAUGUUUUGUUGUUGCAUCUAGUAAACAAAGUAUUGUUUUCACUUGGUUAUUUUCAUUAUGUUCAAUUAGUGCAUUUUUCACAUGGUUUUCAAUUUGUUUAAGUCAUAUUAGAUUUAGAUUGGCGUUAUAUAAACAAGGUAGAAAUACUGAAGAAUUAGGGUAUAAGGCAACUUUAGGGAUAUAUGGAUCAAUUAUUGGUGGGAUAAUCUUAUUAUUAGUUAUUAUUGGUGAGAUUUGGAUUUCAAUUUUCCCCUUGGGAAGUCCUGCAAGUGUGCAAACUUUUUUCCAAAAUUGUUUAAGUAUACCUUUAAUGAUUGUUGUUUGGUCAUGUUAUAGAAUCAUAAAGGGGACUUUUUUCAAGAAAUUUUGGAUUCCAUUAGAUGAAAUUGAUUUAGAUACUUGUAAAAGAUAUCCAGAUGUUGAUUUAUUAAAACAAGAACAACAAUUACAUGCUGAGAAAUUGGCAGCUAAGCCAUUGUAUUAUAGAAUUUAUAGGUUCUGGUGUUGAUUGACAUCAUUUAAUUAAGUUUUAAUGAAAAGAAAGUCAAAUGUAGUUUACAAAUUGUUUCAAAAUUAAUGAAUAUUUAUAUGCUGUAUAAUGUGUAUAUCUAUUUUAACAGUUUUGAAACGUUCUCUAUUUCAGUUUUUUUUGUUCAGCUUUUAAUUUCAUUCUUUCCUCUCUUUCCACUUUAGCUUCAGGACCAGCUUCAGUAUCAAGGGUGAAAUCCCACCAUCUAAAAGAACUAGCAUAAUUACCAAUGAAAUAAUGAUGAUGUAAAUCAUGAUGAUCUGCACCGGCCCAGAAUGGUAAGAAAUGAUGUAAAGACCAUGGGAAUUCAUAACCUGAAUGAGCAUCAACAGCUUGGAAUAAUCUUAAUGUGAUCCAAAUACAAACGGUGAAU